AAUGACGAAAACAAAAUGGAUGGAAAUAAAGACGAAAGCGAGCGAUGUAUAUCGCUUGCAAUUAAAUAUUCUAAACAAGGAGACCGAGAAAAAGCCCUGAAAUUUUUACACAAAGCUGAACGUUUAUAUCCGACACAAAAAGCGAAAGAUUUAAUUGAAAGUUUUCAAUGUGAAAUGAAUGGUACUGGUGAGAAUGAAAAUGAAACUGAACCAACUAACACUGAAGGGGUCCGUCAAAGAAAAGGCAGCCAAAGCAGGGUGAAAGAGGAAAAAAAAGAACCAGAAAAGAAAGAAAUAGAAUACACGAAAGAAAAUCUUGAAGCAGUCAAAAGAAUAAAAAAGGUUAAAUGUUACUAUGAGAUCCUUAAUGUUGAAAAAGAUGCUACAGAGAAUGAUCUGAAGAAAGCAUACAGAAAGUUGGCAUUACAGAUGCAUCCUGACAAAAAUAAAGCUCCAGGAGCAACAGAAGCAUUUAAAGCUAUUGGAAAAGCCUUUGCUGUUUUGAGUGAUGCAGAUAAAAGAAGGAAAUAUGAUGUACAUGGACCAGAGGAAGAAUCUAAUCAACAAAAUCAUCAACAAUAUUACGAAACUGAAGUAUCACCAGAAGAGUUAUUUAACAUGUUCUUUGGUGGUGGUUUUCCUACAAAUAAUUUAUACAGAACUCAUCGAGAUAAUGUAUACAGACACCACCACCAUCAUCACAACAGAAAUGCCUAUCAUUUCCAGAGACAGGAAAAUGUCAGUAAUGAUGCAAGUUAUACAUUGUUACUUCAGCUUGCACCAAUUUUACUAUUAGUCUUUCUCUCAGUACUGAGUAGUUUCCUAGUUGGUGAACCUUUGUACAGUUUACAACAGUCAGAUAAACAUCCGAUCAGUAGAAAAACAAGUAAUUUAAAUGUUCCAUAUUUCCUUAAAAAAGACUAUCAAAUGGAAAGUCGAGCAGAAUUACGGAGAAUAGAACGACAAGUAGAAGAAGAAUAUAUUUCAAAUUUACGUAACAGUUGUUGGAGAGAAAGGAGUUAUAAAGAAAAUAUGUUGUGGAAAGCCAGAAAUUAUGCAGAUGCUAGGUUAUAUGAUAAAGCUUCAAAAAUGGAGACACCUUCGUGUGACAGAUUACAAGAGAUAUAUGCAUGAUUAUAAUUUAUUAAAUAGUUGUUUAAUUUAUAUGUGAUAUCAAUCUUUUAUUUAUAAUUUUUUUUUAAUUGUCUGUCAAAGCUUAUGUAGCUUAUUAAAAUUUAUUCAAACCUUAAUAUUAAAAAGGGCUUUAGCUUGCCUUUUAAAGACAUAUUUACACUUGUAUGCAAAUUUGUCUGCCAUUACUUUAAAUCACACAAGUUCACGCAGAAUUUUGCAUCACAAUUUUAAACAUUUGUAGUCAUAAUUAAAAAGUGAUUUUUGCAUGGCGUCAGGUUAUUUGGAGCAAGGUCUACAGUUGUUCAUAGCAAAUUCAGCUAAAUACCCAAAAUGUAAACGUGGCUUAUGUUAUAUUAAUAAACAGUCAAGAUAAUUUGUAUGUUAUAACUAAACUCGGAAAAAUAAAACAAUCAUGCACAUGUUCUUUGUUGGAUAAAUUUUUAUCAUAAAUUUGCAGUUUCAUUUUAAUAAAACUUUUUCCAUUCUGACAGUUAAAAAUUUAAAUCUUCAUGAAUAUUCAUUCAAGUUUUUCAAAUUGUUCUUUCAUUGAUAUUUCUAUGCUCAAAGGUAAUAAUAAAUGAAUGAUACUUUGAGAUUACAACUUUAAUUUUGAUAUAUAGUCUUUCGUUAGAUUAGUUACUUCAGAAACAAGAUUUUUUGUUGUAGCUUAGUAAUUUUUGCCAAGUAAUUUGACAGAUUUGUUUUAAUAUAAUUUUGUUAAUUCUCAGAUAUUUAACGUAAAUGUAGUGCUGUUUUGUUGGAACAAAUGUGAUGAUGACUGAUUUAAGGUAUCAUUUUUUCUGUUUUUUCUUCAUUUCAAUUUGUAUAUCUAUUUUCAUACAAAUAUCAAUCAUGUUUAUAUAUUGCAUAUGAUUUUUCCAAGUGAAUUUAAAAGAAUGCAUUAAUAUUGUAAAUGUUAUAAUGUGAUUUGUAUUGUCUUUUGGUUAGAUUUUAAUCUGUACUUUAUAACUGUUUGAUUUAACAGAAUUGUGUAGAAAAUACAUUUGGAUUAGUUCCUUAUCUUGUUUUCAUGUUGUGAAAGAUAUCAAGCUUAUGUUCUUAAUGAAAAACAAACAACUGUUCAUGGUAUGAACAAAACAUGAUAUGAACAAAAAGACUGAUUUUGGCUCAAGUUUAUUUUGGGAAAUAUAAGCCUGUUAUGAAAGUUGCAGACAUAUAAAUAAAACUAGGUUUUAAUGAAAAGACUAUUUUAAUUCUGCAAAUAUUUCAUGAUCUGAAAUGUUUUUCUAAGGCAUUUAUCCUAUAUGUUGUAGUGUCGAUGAAACUUAUCUUAAUCAUGAAGUCGGAAGUGUUAUGAAACCUUAUCUGUAUCAGAAAUUUCUUGAUAUUCAUUAGUUAAGGUUUAUAUACAACUGGGACAGUGUUUAUUUUUCUGGAAUGGCCUGUUCAAGGCUAAGGAAAGAAUAUGUAUAUAUGUAGCAUUGUAAAAUAUCCGUAACAACCUCAAAGGUCUGAAUAUAUUGUAAUUGUAAUACAGUAUUUGAAAAAAUGGAGAUGUAGUUUAUAUAAGUGAGACAGCAACCAAAAAAACACAUAAAAAACCCAGAAGACAUCUUGUAAUUAUACAGAAUGUUAAUUCAAACCUUGAGGAGACUUCACAGUAACUUAUACUGUUGAAGUGUUGAGUAUAAGUAUUUAAUGUUGUGGAAGCCAAAAUUAAAUAUCAAAGUUUUGUCACUUUCAUAACAGCAGAUCUGUAAAUGAAAGAAGUUACUUGAGAUAAAAUUCUAAAAUGUUUGGAAAAGAUCCAAUUUAUUUAAAACAAAUUAAAAGACUGCAAACUAUCCUGUAAUAGUAAAUUAAUUCACCAUUUAUUUUUAUUUUAAACAUGUCUUAUUUUGUUAAAAAAAUUAUUUUCAAAUGUGAUUUUAUAUAAAUUACUAUAGAUUUUUUUUUGGCUAGUUGUACUUAAUAAAAUCAAACUAAAAUUCUUCCUUUAGAUAUAAACAUGUCUUAUUAAUAAAACAGAAGGUCAAAUAUAAUAAUUUAUUCCAUGAUUUCUUAUUCCAAGGAUUGUUGUGUAUUUUGUAAUUGUAUGUAUGUUGUGAAGAGUGUGUUUUUAUAUGAUGUAUGUAGAUAUAAAUGUUUUAAGAGCAUAAGAAGGAUGAAAUAGUGUGAUAUAUUGUUAAAUUGUAUAUUUGUAUGCAUUCAGCAAUUUAUAAAAGUUUACAGCAUGGGUCACUCACCAUUUACCAAUUUUCUUGUAAGUGGUCACUUGUUUUCUGUUUGUUUCAGAGAAUAUUAUGUAGAGAUUAUUCGAUGGCAUUUCAAUACCACACCCAUAUCAACCUGAUACCAAUACAAUCCCUAGAGCUCUGCUAGAGGGAUUAUAAUAGUUGAGGGUUAAUUAUUGAAAAGGCCAUAUUAUAUACCUAAAGUAGAUGUUUUGAACGUAACUUGUAGUACUACAGAUUAGGGGUUUAGUAAAGCCUUUCAAUCCGUGACUGAUAUCGAUGUCAUCACAGUUGGCUGAAACAGCACGAUUGCCAUUAAUGGUAUUACACAUGAAAUGUAAUUUACUUGUAUUUAUUACUAAUUAUGUGAUAAAUAAAACUAAUUGAUUGCUAUAGUGUAAAGUUAGAUAUAUCCAAAGCAAAUUUACUUGAACCAAUUGUUUAAAGAUGUUCACUUCUCUGUUUCAAAAUCACAAGGUUUUUAAAAGACUGUUAUUAAUUGAUAGCAUAUGAAUAAAGAAACUAAAAAAGCAGAAAAAAUUAAGGGUAUGGUGCUUGUUUUCGAGAUAUAAGCCAUUGAAAAUUUUGCGGAAAAUAAUUCUCUAGAUUUUUUAUACAUUUAACAUUGGCACCUUUUUUCUUUCAAAAAUGAUGAAAAAAUAACAAGGAUUUUAUAAGAUUUUCAAAGAUGACAUUUUAAACUAUAUUCAAAUUAUGGAAAGAAAAGUAGGGGUUAGUGGGCAAAAUUUUUAAUGGCACUACAUGGAUAAAACCAGAGGAUUCCGAAUAUGUGGCAAAAAUUCAAAAACAAGUGGAGCGAACAUCCUUUACAUGAGACUUUCCAUAUUAAAAGUAAGCAAUGUUUAUGAUAACAAUUUGAAUAGAAUUGACCCCUUGCAAACCUCUUAAUUAAUGCAUGAGUGACCUUUGCUAUAAAAUGUAUCAUAUGAUGUGUAAUAUUAUUACCUCACCUUUUAUGAUAAACAAAUGAACACAUCAUAUGAAUGUUACAUUGUUUAGUUGUAUUUAUGAUAUAUGUACAAUAACUUCUUAAAAUGAGGAGACAUAAAUAUUGGCUCUGGGAGUCGUUUGUUUCCAUAAAAAAAAGUAUCAUUACUUCGUCUUAAAUUUCCAUGGUGAUAAAGUAUAUGUGACUGAAAAAUCUUCAAGAUUUUUUUCGAGGAAGAUACUAUGUAUAAAUUUGGUAUUGCAUAUUAAUAAACAGAUUUUUGUGUCUUCUUUCUGUAUAAGGAAACUCAAAUGAUUUUAAAUAUAUUUAAACGAAAAAGAUUUAUUCUCCAAAUUCUUCUGUAUUGAAGUUGUAAUGUGUUCAGCAGAUUUUGGAAAGUUUUUAUUCCUUUGAUAGCAACUGUAAAUAAACAAUCUCACCAUUUA